CUAGACAGCUGUGUUCAAUCAGAAACCACUUACAACUCCAGCCGAUUCAAACGGGAAACUUCGGCGUGAAGCGCAGCUCCGCUCGGGCUCUCUUUAGCUUUCUUUCCUUCCCAGGAGCCCGGGGAGCGGAUCUUCCUCGCCCCGCCGCCCGGGUUUGUUCUGGAGCUCGACGAAGCCCUCUAGGGUGCAGGAUCUUGCUGGGAGGUGCCUCCAGCCUGGUCAUGGGGGUCGGCGAGACGCCGCAGGAGUGGUGAGCGGCGCCGAGGGUGGCACUGCCCCGGGACCCGGCGGUGGGCGCGCGCGGGCGGGUCCCCGCGCCGGCUCGGCCGCUGCAGCAGCUGCGAGCGCGCCACGCCACCCAGCCUCCUGCAGCAAUGCCUCGCCCGUGAGUCGCGAGCCGGCUCUGCUCCUCUUCGGAGUGUUGGCAUCCUUCGUUAGGACUGCACCGCUGUCCUGGGUGAAAAUGGCUGUCUAGACUAGAAUCUGCCAGAAGGGACCAAGCAGUGGAUAGCGAGCCUGUGAAGCCUAACUCACAGCUGCGAGACCUGGAGGAGGAGCUCGGCUCUGAAAAGUGCAGACAUGAAUUCUGGAGUUGCCUUGAAAUACGGAAACGACUCCUCGGCCGAGCUGAGCGAGCUCCACUUGGCAGCCCUGGCAUCACUCAAGGGAGACAUAGUGGAGCUUAAUAAACGUCUGCAGCAAACAGAGCGGGAACGGGAUCUUCUGGAAAAGAAAUUGGCCAAGGCACAGUGUGAGCAGUCCCACCUCAUGAGAGAGCAUGAGGAUGUCCAGGAGCGGACGACGCUUCGAUACGAGGAGCGCAUCACGGAGCUCCACAGCAUCAUUGCGGAGCUCAACAAGAAGAUAGACCGUUUGCAGGGCACCACCAUCAGGGAGGAAGAUGAGUACUCAGAACUUCGAUCAGAACUCAGCCAGAGUCAACAAGAGGUCAACGAGGACUCUCGAAGCAUGGACCAAGACCAGACCUCUGUCUCCAUCCCCGAAAACCAGUCCACCAUGGUCACUGCCGACAUGGAUAACUGCAGUGACCUGAACUCGGAGCUGCAGCGGGUGCUGACGGGGCUGGAGAACGUCGUCUGCUGCAGAAAGAAGAGCAGCUGCAGCCUGUCCGUGGCCGAGGUGGACAGGCACAUCGAGCAGCUCACCACGGCCAGCGAGCACUGCGACUUGGCUAUUAAGACAGUCGAGGAGAUCGAGGGGGUACUCGGCCGGGAUCUGUAUCCCAACCUGGCUGAGGAGCGGUCUCGCUGGGAGAAGGAGCUGGCUGGGCUGAGGGAAGAGAAUGAGAGCCUGACCGCCAUGCUGUGCAGCAAAGAGGAGGAGCUGAACAGGACCAAGGCCACCAUGAACGCCAUCCGGGAGGAGCGGGACCGGCUCCGGAGGAGGGUGCGAGAGCUUCAGACCCGACUGCAGAGCGUGCAGGCGACAGGGCCCUCCAGCCCCGGCCGCCUCACUUCCACCAACCGCCCCGUUAACCCCAGCACCGGGGAGCUGAGCACGAGUAGCAGCAGCAAUGACAUCCCCAUCGCCAAGAUUGCCGAGAGGGUGAAGCUAUCCAAGACCAGGUCUGAAUCUUCAUCGUCUGAUCGGCCCGUCCUGGGCUCAGAAAUCAGCAGCAUCGGGGUAUCCAGCAGCGUGGCGGAACACCUGGCCCACUCUCUUCAGGACUGCUCCAACAUCCAGGAGAUCUUCCAAACUCUCUACUCACAUGGAUCUGCCAUCUCCGAAAGCAAAAUUAGAGAGUUUGAGGUGGAAACGGAGCGGUUGAACAGCCGCAUUGAACACCUCAAAUCCCAAAAUGACCUCCUGACCAUGACCCUGGAAGAAUGCAAAAGCAACGCCGAGAGGAUGAGCAUGCUGGUGGGCAAAUACGAGUCCAACGCCACAGCUCUGCGGCUGGCCCUGCAGUACAGCGAGCAGUGCAUAGAAGCCUACGAACUCCUCCUGGCGCUGGCCGAGAGCGAGCAGAGCCUCAUCCUGGGGCAGUUCCGGGCGGCAGGCGUGGGGUCCUCCCCUGGAGACCAGUCGGGGGAUGAGAACAUCACUCAGAUGCUGAAGCGAGCCCACGACUGCAGGAAGACGGCGGAGAACGCAGCCAAGGCCCUGCUCAUGAAGCUGGACGGCAGCUGCGGGGGUGCCUUCGCCGUGGCCGGCUGCAGCGUGCAGCCCUGGGAGAGCCUGUCCUCCAACAGCCACACCAGCACGACCAGCUCCACGGCCAGCAGCUGCGACACGGAGUUCACGAAGGAGGACGAGCAGAGGCUGAAGGACUACAUCCAGCAGCUCAAGAACGACAGGGCGGCGGUCAAGCUGACCAUGCUGGAGCUGGAGAGCAUCCACAUCGACCCUCUCAGCUACGAUGUCAAGCCCCGGGGAGACAGCCAGCGGCUGGACCUCGAGAAUGCGGUGCUGAUGCAGGAGCUGAUGGCCAUGAAGGAGGAGAUGGCUGAGCUGAAGGCCCAGCUCUACCUGCUGGAGAAGGAGAAGAAGGCCCUGGAGCUGAAGCUGAGCACGCGGGAGGCCCAGGAGCAGGCCUACCUGGUGCACAUCGAGCACCUGAAGUCCGAGGUGGAGGAGCACAAGGAGCAGCGCAUGCGGUCCCUCAGCUCCACCAGCAGCGGCGGCAAAGACAAGCCUGGCAAGGAGUGUGCUGACGCUGCCUCCCCAGCUCUCUCACUGGCCGAACUCAGGACCACGUACAGCGACAGUGAGCUGGCUGCAGAGUUCACCAGUGCCAUCCGUCGAGAAAAGAAAUUAAAGUCCAGAGUUCAAGAGUUGGUGAGUGCCUUGGAAAGACUCACCAAGAGCAGUGAAAUCCGCCACCAGCAAUCAGCGGAGUUCGUGAAUGACCUGAAGAGAGCCAACAGCAACCUGGUGGCUGCCUAUGAGAAAGCAAAGAAGAAGCAUCAAAACAAACUCAAGAAGCUGGAGUCUCAGAUGAUGGCCAUGGUGGAGAGACAUGAGACCCAAGUAAGGAUGCUCAAGCAAAGAAUAGCUCUGCUGGAAGAGGAAAACUCCAGGCCACACACCAAUGAAACUUCACUUUAAUUGGCACUCGGGCACCAAAGUCCUACCGGUGGAAGCUAAACUAUAGCAGGUCACCGGAGAGAGAAGGGCUCCAGGUGACAGAGUACCUGUUGGGAUAAUUAAGGACAGUUGGCAGGUAGGUCAGCACUUGGACAAUGGAGUGCCAUGAACUCAGCCCUGGAGGUGAGCAUCCCUCAAGACACUGUACAGACAGCAUCCUGAGGAUCCUACUCCUCCACUACCGGCCCAUGGACCGCAUGUAAAUACCUACUCUGUGUGCCAUGCUCAGCAGGCCUUGCUGCUGCCUCCAGCACUGGCUUUGUCAUGCUCCCACCUUUCCUGUGUCAGUGGUGUCCCAGGUAUUUGACUUAUUGGAUUUUCCACUCUUUCCUUCUGUUUGGCAGACAGUAACCCUACCUCUGGCAUCCCCCAAUUUCUCCUCUUUCAUUCUCCAGGGAAAAACUGACACACACAGGGGAGUGGGAAGGGCCUACAUAUCUAGAAGAUUUGCUUACUAUAAGAAGGCUUUGAUUUUCAAGUCCUAUGUGUCAACUCUAAGAUACAGGCUAUCACGCAGAGAUGCUCUGGGAGGCAGAUUACAGGAAAAUGGCAGAUAGGUGUUCCAGUCCCAGAUAAGAAGUUAUAGGUAGAGCAGGCGCAGGCCUGUGCCUGAACAAUUCUGUACGGAAGAUUGAAAUCGCCUUCAGCUCUCAUCAUGGAGGUAGGGAGCUCUCUUCUGACUUUGGUAUUGCCCCUACCAAGUGAAGCCUUAUUAAGAGCCGAGGCUUAGUGCUGACAGAAUCCUGUUGAUACGUGUAUUAGAACUAAAAUUUUACCUUUUUUCACAGCAGAGGAGCAUUUUUAGUACUUUCCACCCACCCCAGGGCACUACAUAAUUGCUAUUUGCAUGAAUCAAAGCUCAUCCACAAAUUAUAUGUAGCUCUGGACCUGCCUCUAAUUUCUGUAAAGCAGUGGUUCUCAACCUUCCUAAUGCCGCAACCCUUUAAUACAGUUCCUCAUGUUGUGGUGACCCCCAAUUUCAUUGUUACAAAUUGAACAUAAUUAAAGCAUAGUGAUUAAUCACAAAAACAAUAUGUAAUUAUAUGUUUUCUGAUGGUCUUAGGCGACCCCUGUGAAAGGGUCGUUCGACCCCCAAAGGGGUCACGACCCACAGGUUGAGAACUGCUGCUGUAAAGGAAAGAGCCAGGAUCCUGAGCAGGUAAGUUUCGCAGGCUGAUCCCACCCAUUUUAGAGAUUGCUACUGACCUGCCCGUUCGACUCUGCUCCCAUGGCUAUGAAGGGCAGGGGUGAGGAAAUGGUCCUUGAGGCCUCCUUUUCUUCCCCCGAGACUUGGUGAUAAUUAGCAUAUGGUUCUUAAACAGGUUAAAUCUCAAGCAAAAUGGUGACAGGGCAGGACCAAAGUACCUGAAUUCUUUCAGGCAGGGCUUCCAUCUUAAAUUCAUCAUUCCUUUCCUACUGUAACCUUCACUUUCUUUCUGUAGUACCUAAGGCCCAUCCCAAUGCCACAGUUUUGCUUUGCAUCCCCAAGCUCAAUGUCUGUUUUCAGAGAGCAUGACUCAAGGUCCUCAGCCUUCUGCACAAUGGACAAGGACACUCUAGCCACAACCUUGAAGGGCAGAGUUUUAUCCCAAAAGCAACCAACUUUCUCAGGUAAGCAGUGAGACUGCCCAAACCUGCUUGUGGGUGCUUAGGUCACUAAGAAAGUGCCUGCUGGUUCCUCUGAUUUUUAAAAAUCAAUUUUUACUCUGGGUAAAAUUUCAUGUUGUCACAAGGAAAAUGUUUUGGCUGAAAAGUAUGUCCAAAAAUCAGUUUUCUCCAUCUUUCCAGCUUGCCUAGGGGAAGCAAACUGGGCAUGCAUUCAUGGCUUUCUAACACAGGAAUAAAGUCCUGUCUGCUGGCCCAUCUACCAGAGAACCCACCCCUUUAGUGUUAGGUCACGUAACCCCUCCAGACCAGGUCUCAGCUCUUCCAUUAAGAGCCCCUGUAUUACUGAAACUACCUGGCCUCAUUCUGAGUUUAUACUUCAAUAUAAUACUUUUAAAAUAUGUGCUGAGUAGGUGAAACUAUUCCCCAGUAAAACUGUUACUUUUAUAAAUGUAUAGAAUAAAAAAGCUAUCAUUAAAUAGUUGAUUUCCUUUCCCUUGUAUUUUUUCAAAUACUCCUUUUUGAAGGUGAACCAACAGGCACUUGGUUAUGCUAAUUGUGGGGCCUACUAAAACUGAAUUGAUCAUUAAAUGAUUGCAGGUGCCUGGGUAAUUUUCCUUUUUUAUAACCUGAAUUAUUCUUCCUAAAUAGAAGCUGGUUUAUAUUAACAUCUCCAUCAGGGGUAAAACAAUGUUCUUAAUUCUAACUUGUAUGAGCUUUUUAAAAAAAACUUUAGAUCUUCAUAUUUUUUAUCUAAACUGUUUUCUCUCAGUGGUUUCUUACCCUUUUAGGCAGUUACCUUCUCUGUUCAGAGUUCAGUCUUUGUCCCUUAGAGCAAUGGGUAUGGGAAAAGACCCAUUUCAUAGUUUUCUUGGAGUGUAGUUCCUGCCCACUGCUGAAUGGAAGCAAAACUCAGAUAAGAGAAUUCCAUCUGUAGUACCCAUCAACGUUUAUGUGGGCCUACCAACUAUAUCUGAUGUCUGCCAAGCCCCAAGUGCUCCAGCUACCAAAACUGCCAUGCCACACACCUGUAAGUGGUAAGAUUCCUCUUUGAGACUUUCACCAAAAAUUAUUCAUGAUUAAAUACCUAUGUCAUCAGACAGCUGGCACUCAUCAUGCCCUAGAGCCCCAGAGGUAUUAUGAGGUGUCUCAGCAUUGCCAAUGCAGGUAAUUAACUGUUUCAUACUCACUCUCAUCUGCUGGCAUGUCAGGUUUCUGAAGUUAAUAUCCAGUGCUUGAAACUGGAAAUAUUAUGUCAAUAAAAAAUUAAGUACCAGUUAAACAUAAUUGCUUAAUUCUCCUUUGAGGUGCAUACCCUUCUGAGUUUUCCUCUGAGCAGUACUUUGCAGGAGCCUCAGAGUCACAUGCAAAAUGCAUAACUAGGAGUAUGGCUCAUCCAUGAAACUAUUUAAAGUGAAAAUUUCAUCAUGUUCACUAACUUUAUAGCUGCAUCUAUUUCUCGAUGCAGCAAACAGAGCUAUAGUUAGUUUCUAGAGGCCAAAAGGGGAGCAAGGCCUCUGAUGAUUAAGUUUUGCAUUGAAUUUAAUUAGGGGAUAAUCAUUGUGUUGGCAAGUUUUUAUUUGGGGUGGUGCGGACAUAACAUUUUUGUUUUUUCUGUAGUAGGUGACACUAAAAAAUCAUGUAAUUAUUUUUCUACUUAUCCACAGAAUGUCUUAUUUCUUAUUUGUCAAGAAAUAAUACAAUCGCCACCUUUCACCGAGGCUUCCAAACUUACUAGUGCUCAAAAGCUGGGCAAUAUUUUGCAAGAGACAAAACUUGCUACAAAACAAAAAUUAUGACUUUGCUGCACUCCCAGUUCUCACUAAAGUUUAUCCAAAUCCCAUUCUAGAUCAUUGAAACUUCGUGUGUCUACAGGCCAGGUUGAAGUUAGCCCUGAACCUGCGACCUUCUGCAGUUCCUCCUUCUUCACACACUUAAAGUUACUUUCUGCCUGACUACAUUUGUAGUUACUAACAGAUACAAAAAGUUAGCCUAAAGCAUAUAACUGGAAUUAGAAUUAUCACUAAGUGGCUGUUAAAAUAUAAACAAGUGGAAAAGGGUACAAGUUUGAAUAGCAGCUGUUUUACUAAAUUCUGUGUAAAGGAAGCUAGUUUCACAUAUACACAACUACAUUUUUAGUUAAGAUUUUGCAUGUGACCUUGACAAGAAAUCAUUCUGUUCCAGUAACAACAAACACUAUUGGAUAACCCUAUCCUUGACCAACUUGAUUUUUCCAUAGUCAAGGUAGAUACAAAAUCACUGAUCGACUAAUCAUCUGAAAUAUCAGCUCAGCAGAAUAGAACAAGCUAUAUACAAAAUCCCCCCAUAUUCAUACUGAUGACAAGCGUAGUUGUUCCUGGUCUACAUUCACUUUUGCACUUUCUGCAAAUUAAAUCCAUGUGGAAAAUGUUCUGUUUGUAGAACUCCUGGUACUCACUUAUAGUGUUCAUGUUAGGACUGCCCAGUUAAAAAAGGGACCCUAAUAAUCUGCUUUGAUAAUGAAACAUGUUCCUUUCUUUACUACUUCUGAUAAGUUCUUAGACAUUGUCAAGACUUACUUACUUUGCAUGAGAUUUGUUUCCUAUUUGAAAAUGUGCUACUUUUAAACCACUUGAACUAUUAGAAAAACCUGCUUGAAUGUACUAUCAGUUAUUAAAGCACAUGUGACUAAGUUUGUCAGUAUUGUUCUACUGUUUGUACUAAAAGUCUCAUUUGACAGUUGCUACUUAGCCCUGUACUAUACCUUGUAAUUUUUUAGAUUUAUUCAUUUGUAUGCUUUAAAUGUUUCUAGAUGCCUUUCAUUGUAUUAGCGGCUGUAAAAUAGCUACUUUGUGUUCUUUGAUAUAUAAUUGUUUUUUAAAAUCUCCAUUUAUUUAUACAGAGACAUUUAUAAUAUUUUACAAACAUUCUUAUAUUCUGAAUAAAUAUUUCUAAUUCCA